UUGACUGAUAAACCGUCGGUUUCUGAGAGUGCGCGACUAAAAUAUUCUUGCACUUUCUCGCCAACCAAACAGCGGGAAGGAAAAUAGUGUUACAGAGCAAAAUCCAGGUCCAAUGGCAGAUGCGGUCUCGGCGCUGCCCAGAUCUGCCACCGACCUCUUCGCGGACCCGCUCGACGGCCAUCCGCUAUGGUUCAAGCCCGAGCUCUUCCUCUCACCAAAUUUCGACUCCGAAUCCUACAUAUCGGAGCUCCGAACCUUCGUUCCCUUUGACACUCUCCGAUCCGAGCUCCAGAGCUACCUAUCGUCCCUCAACCACGAGCUCAUCGACCUCAUCAACCGCGAUUACGCUGACUUUGUCAACCUUAGCACCAAGCUUGUCGACGUGGACGCCGCCGUGGUGCGUAUGCGAGCGCCAUUGGUGGAGCUCCGAGAGAAGAUCGAGCAGUUCAGAGGCUCCGUGGAAGGCGCGCUUGUGGCUUUGAAGAACGGAUUGAAGCAGAGAUCGGAUGCCGCCUCAGCCAGAGAGGUCUUGGAGCUUUUGCUCGAUACGUUUCAUGUCGUCUCUAAGGUUGAAAAACUGAUAAAAGAGCUGCCUACUGUGCCAUCUGAUUGGUCAAAUGGAGAUGACAAUUUGGCAGAGAAGAAUUCAUUGAGCAACGGGACCUCCUUGCAGCAUGCCGAAAGUGGAACAAAUUUAAGAGAAACUCAAAGCAUGCUUCUGGAGAGAAUUGCUAGUGAGAUGAAUCGGCUAAAGUUCUACAUAGCUCCUGCACAGAACCUACCUUUCAUUGAGAACAUGGAGAAGAGAAUUCAAAGUGCCAGCCUAUUAUUAGAUGCUAGCUUGGGACACUGUUUUGUAGAUGGACUUGAGCACCGAGAUGCAAAUGCAAUUUACAAUUGCUUACGUGCAUAUGCUUCCAUUGAUAACACUAGGAGUGCAGAAGAAAUUUUCCGUACUACUGUUGUCGCCCCAUUGAUACAGAAAAUUAUUCCACAUGGGCCAUCGGCAGUGGCUACUGGAUCAGAUGAUCUUGAGAAUGAUUAUCUGCAGAUCAAGCAAUGUAUUGACAGAGACUGUAAAUUUUUGUUGGAAAUUUCUUUUGAAGAAAAUUCAGGUUUGCAUGUCUUUGACUUCUUGGCCAAUUCAAUCCUGAAAGAAGUCCUCUUGGCAAUUCAAAAGGGAAAACCUGGUGCCUUUUCCCCAGGAAGGCCCACAGGAUUCUUGAAAAAUUACAAAUCAAGCCUAGACUUCUUGGCUCAUCUUGAAGGCUACUUUCCAUCCAGAUCUGCUGUCGCCAAAUUUCGAGCUGAACCUGUCUAUACUGAGUUCAUAAAGCAGUGGAAUAUUGGGGUUUAUUUCUCUCUAAGGUUUCAGGAAAUAGCAGGUGCUCUGGAUUCUGAACUAGUGGCAGCCAGCCUUGCUCCUGUUCAGGAUUCUGGAGAUGUGACCUUGAAACAAAGUGUUGCUUUGUUAAUUUGCUUAGAAUCCUGCUGGAGAGAUGACGUUCUUGUCCUUUCUAGUGCUGACAAGUUUCUUCGCUUAUCCUUACAGCUUCUCUCAAGGUACUCAAAUUGGUUAUCAUCUGGACUGGCUGCUCGUAAGUCGAGUAACAACACAAGUUCCAACAGUGGAGGGGAGUGGGCUGUUAGAGCUGUCCCAGAUGAUUUUGUAUAUAUCAUUCAUGACUUAAAUUGUCUGGCGACAGAGGUUUGUGGAGACUACCUGCAACAUGUUCUUCAGCUUCUUUCUUCAUGUCCCAGUGACGUUCUUGAUCUUGUAAAACAGAGCAUUUUACAAAGUGGAAAAUCCUUGACUGAUUUAGUACCUCUAGUUAUCAACACAAUUGUAGAGACGCUGGUUGAGAAGUCUGUUGAGGAUUUGAGACAGCUUAAGGGAAUAACUGCAACUUACAGGAUGACAAAUAAACCUAUUCCUACCAGGCACUCACCUUAUGUGGCAGCGGUAUUGCGUCCCCUGGAGGCCUUUUUGCGUGGAGACCGAGCUGCUACUUAUUUAACGAGUGAAGUGAAGAAGGAACUGCUAGAUAGUGCUGCAAAAGAGAUCACCAGUCGUUAUUAUGAGUUAGCUGCUGAUCUUGUUAGUGUGGCAAGGAAAACAGAGUCUUCACUUCAGAGAAUACGACAAGGUGCUCAAAGGCGUGCCGGAGCAAGCUCAGACAUCUCGGAUAACAACGUGUCGGACACUUACAAGAUCUGUCAGCAAUUGAAACUUGACAUUCAGGAAUAUGGCCGCAACCUUAAGGAACUGGGCAUCGACCCCGAGGAUAUAUCGGCUUACCGUUCCUUGUUGGAGUGUGUAUCCCAAAGCAAAUCGUGAUUGCAUUUCGUCGACUCAGCCAUUUGUCGAUGUGCCAUUACCUUUUUGAAUCGAUUCUUAUUAAUGGUUUAUUUACUGUGAAAUAUGUAUUCUUUUUGAAUUGUAAUAAUAGUUGAUUUCUUUUA